CUUGGUAGAGUGGUCUGCUUUUAUACGGCAUUAGAUGAACUAAAUUCCAUAACUCCAGCCAGACAUUCGUCGAAACCCAGCUGGAAAAAUACAACGGCACAGACACCAACUGCGUUUGGAUUACUACCAAAAACCGACUCUGAGUUGUCCUAUAAAAAGAGACUUCUAUCAGCCCAAGCUUCAGUGCAAAAACAGCAGCUGAAAUGGCCAUUAAGUCUCUGAUCCUGUUAAAUGCCUUGGUGGGACUCACCCUGGCGGUGGACUACUGUGCCCUGCCCACUUGUCUGGACAAGCACAUCGCCUGCAACAACAAAGGGAACUUCAGCGAAAACUGCCCCAAGGAUGUGCGUGAAGUGAAGAUCGAACCGCACCACAAACUGAUCCUGACCCUCUUCAACGAACUCCGCAACAACGUGGCUGGAGGAAGAGUGGAAGGCCUGCCCAAGGCUGUUCGCAUGGCCAAGAUGUCCUGGUAAGAGCUUUCCCACCUGGCCCUGCUCAACGUGCACACCUGUGAGUCCCUGCCGGACAAGUGCCGCAGCACGGAGAGAUUCGCUUACGCCGGACAGAACAACGCCAUGUUUAGCUACAGUGGGGCCGAGUCGGAGUACACCGAUGCAGAGAUUGUGAAGGAGCAGAUCGAGAACUGGUUCGCCGAGCGCCUGAAUGCCUCUCCCGAGAUCCUGGCCAGCUUCCCGGAGGAGCUGCCCAACAGGGCUGUGGCCAAGUUCACCGUUGCCGUUGCGGAGAAGAACACCCACGUGGGAUGUGCCGCCGUGCGCUUCUCUCGGGACUUUUACAACCACUUCGUGCUGACCUGCAACUUCGCCACCUCGAACAUCGUGGGUCAGCCCGUCUAUACUCCGGGAGAGAAGGCCGCCACUGGAUGCAGGAACCGUUAUGGUGCCGCCUACGACUACCCCAGUUUGUGCUACGCCAAGGAGAUCUACGACAACGAGAAGAUCAUUGAAAACGCCAGGACGUUCUGAAUCCGCUUUUUGCAUUCGUAAGAUCACCUUCGAAGGCGUAUUUUAUCACUAUCAUUAAAUGAGCAUGCAAAUAAAUAGCUAAAAGAGCUAAACAUUUCA